AUUUCCCGGAUGUGUAGUGCGCGCGCAUGGUUUCCUUCAUCCUGAGCUGAAUCACAUCUGGGGAGACACCGAUUACACCGAAAAUAGCCUAUACAUGUGCAGAUAUAGAUACACAGUCGAAAAUGAAUGUCUUUGCUUGAGGACACAAUAUGUGACGAAGUAAUAGAGAGUCUAUAUACCACAGUUACAUGGAUUGUGUUAUGGUUUUAUUGGGUUUUUGAACAAAUUCAGAAUGGCUACCUCAGAUGAUGAAGAGAGUAUGUCCAACAUUGACUUUUCAGUGAUUAGUACCUCCAUUGAUCUUGGAAGACCAAUGCUCGACCAAGUGGUAAAUGGCAUCCAUUAUGGUUCCCCUGAAGUCAGAAAUCUCUUACGCAAUGAAUGUGAUCUGAUCAUGGAAUGCAAGAUCUGUAGAAAUUUCUUCAGGUCUUUCCCAAACUUCGUUGCCCACAAAAGAGUGUACUGUUUAGAAAUGAAUGCAGACAAAAUCUACAACGACAGACUACCAACUGUAACGGAAAAUUCUAAGUCAUCUGAAACUGUGGUUGUAGAACCCACUGCACCAGAAGAGUCUUCACCACCAGCUACUCCGCAGACUACAACUGUAGAAAAGUUAGUGAAUGGAAAUUUUCAAGGAAGUUCAUCUGCUUUCAGACUGUACACAGACGUGGCUGAGAAAAUUGAGAGGCAGAGAGCUGAUGUACAGAAUACCAUUGUAACAAUGACCCCAAUAUCAUCCAAUCCUAACGCAGUGACUGUUACUGUAACACAGGAAAAGAACAAAGAAAUGGCCGCAGUAGUACCCAGUUCUAAUAUUGCAACACAGGAGGAAAACAAAGAAAGCUGUGAUUGUAGUUUAGUCCAAAGUAAUGAUUCCAGUGUACAAAGCUUGCUACGGAACAUUCUCGAAAGGCCACUCCCUCUAUCCCAGGAAACACAAAUUAAAUGUCAAGUUUCAGAAGAGAAGACUGAAAACUCAGUAUCUGUAGAAGACAAAAGAAGGGAAAGCACCCGAAAAAAUGAAACCAGAAAACCAAUGGAGGAUCUGCGUCCUGUCCAAAGCAAUCUAGGCAGUGCAAACAGAUCAUUUCUUGGUGAACUCAGCAAAAAAGGAUUGUGUCACAUCAAAACACUGGAGUGCUUGGUGUGCAAUAAGCAAAUGAGCUCAAAGAAAACUCUGUGGAAUCACAUGAAAUUUUUUCAUAUGGGAGAAAAAACAGUGUAUCCUUGCCUUUUCUGUGACAAGACGUUUGGAAGGUUCUAUAAUAUAUCAAAGCACAUUAUGUCUUGUCAUAAUAAAUCUCACAAAGACAUUGAAAAACUGAAAAGUAAAAUAAAAUCCAUGAGUUAUAAAACAGAGGAUGAGAGUGGUGAAGAAUCCAGUCCAUCUAGUCAAAGAAAUACUGCAUCAGAGAGGAGCAAAUCUGGUAGUCAAACUGACAGAGGAAUAAAACUUAAUAAUUGUGAAGGUUGUGGAAAGGCAUUUUGGAAAAAAGAGACUUAUUUAUAUCAUAGGAAGCAGUGUAAAAGUUUAAAUCCAUCUGGUAAAUUUCAAGAAAGUGUAGCAGACUCAAGAGAAAACAAUGCUAAUCAAGGUAAUGAGAAGAAGCAAAGUGAGGUACUCAAAAGUAGCAGAAAGAAUUCAUCACCUAGAAUGAGUACCAAUUCUGAAAAAUUUUCAUCAAAAACACAUCUAUCUAACAGUACACAGAAAUCAGAAACACCACAAAUCAAGUCACCAAGGCUCAUUCACACUCGACAUUCAGCUGCGACAGUGAAAGACACCUAUAUGAAAACAAGAUUCCUUGACAAAAGAAGAGCAGUUCAAUAUGAUAGUCCUAAAAAGUCAAGUGCCUCCUCUUCUAGUACAGAUUCUAGUCCGAAGCCUUCCCCAAAGAAAACUGUUUCUCCAAGGAUAUUGAAUGAUAGUUUUGAUGUUUCAGAAAGUCCUCAAAAGCCAGCAGCAGAAUCAUCACGGAAGAGGACUAAAUCUGGUGAUGGAAGUGAUAAGACCAUGAGUGUGGAAACAGAUUCAAACUUGGCAAGAAGGGCACAAGUUGGAUGUAAUCUUAUUUCUUCAUUUGAGAAAGUGGAAACAAGGUCAAAAUCCCGAGGAAAAGAUGAAAGGGAAAGCAAAGCUGGCUGGGACGUAUCGAAUGUUCAUAAACCUAUUCCAGUGAAAUCACAAGAUACAACCGCAUUGAGUGAAAAUUCCAUACAAACAAGAUUGCGGAAAUCAAAAGAAGACAAGAGUAAAGACCAAAGUGGCAAAGAUAAGGAGAAAGAAUCAAGUGUUGAUUCAAUUUCUAAUAAAAGUGUUGACCAAAAAACAUCACCACAGAAAGUACCUUUACAGAGAGAAUCAAAUGUUGAUCCAUUUCCUGAUAAAAGUGUUGACCAAAAGACAUCAAAGCAGAAAACUCCUCCAACAAGUAGCAACUCAUCUAAGGAGUCCAGUCAAGAACGUUUCAUUCAAACUAGAAAAUCAAAGCAAUUGUUGGAAUCCAAAAAUGAACAACCAUCACAAAAGGCCGGGGAAAGGGUAUCUACAAGAGGAACACAAAACGAAACUAGCAAGACGUUGAAUGCAGAGAAAUUGACCAGUGCAUCAACAGAGAAUUUACAGACAGAGGAAGACCCCCAAUCACCAAUGAUCAUUCAGACUGACAUGAAAAAUUUUAGUGCAGAGAACUCUGUAAAAAUGAGACAAAAGAUGCAGAGUCCUAACAAGCAUAUUUUUGCUAUUCAAGGAAAAAUUUCCAAAGAAAACAUUGAGAAUAAGAAAGAGGAAGAAAGUGUUUCAAACAGUGAAGAAUUAGAGGAGAUUGCACCCGAUAAAGAGAAGGAAGAAUUCUCAAGAAGUAGAAGAAAGCAGGUAAUCUCUGUUCGACAGUUUGAUGAAGUAGAUGGUGGAAAGGGCACACCAGUUUCAAAACAUAAUACAAGGAGAUCUGUAACUGUUGCCAGAACCCCUAACACUAGUACUAGUGGCAUUGAUGGAAAAAAAGAAAAUCUGACUAGAAAGGAGAGUCCAAAAUUAAAUCAAGAGAAAGUUUCAACAGAAAUUGUAAAACAGAAGGAAUUCAAAGAAGUGAAAGAGGACUCGAAGGAAAUAGAGAGAUUUGAUGGAAAUGAAGAGAAAAGACACAGACUUCGUAGUAAGGCAGAUUGGAAUUCUACAUUGCAAAAAGAUAACAAGGUAAAAAGUGAUGAAGGAAAAGAUGCAGAAAAAUCCCAGAUUAGUAAGACCAUGAUACAAACAAGAGCGAAAUCUGCUAUUGCAGAGGGCGAUGAACCAGAGAACAGUUCAAAUAUUGUUUAUACUGCAAUACAACCUAAGGUGCAAACUAAAAUAUGGAAGAGUCCAAAUGCCACUGUUGUUAAAAUUCAGGAGAUAUGGGUGAAGAAGAAGCCAGGACAACCUGCUGAAGAGGUUAAAUCUAGCACAAUUACUUUGAGGAAUACAUCUACAGCACAGAAACGAUUAAGUGAAAAAUACAGACAUCCUAAACGUGUUUAUGUGAUGAGACACAAAAAAUCAACCAAGCCUGUGUGCUUGGACAUGAAUAACAUUGAAUCUUUGCUGGACAGAGAAAAGAAGCAAUGCAAGGAAUGUGGAAUUCAACUGAAAUCUAUGUCUAAUUUAAGAAGACAUAUAGUACGUCAUCUUGGAUGGAAGAGGUAUAAAUGCAAGUUGUGCCCAUUUUCUAGUUUCAACAGAUCAGAAUGCAAAUCCCAUUUGCAGAGAAUACACAAGGAGAGGAUUGCAGGAAAGGACGUAAACAAUCUUAUUAAGGAUUUGAAGAAAGAGGGAACUGAGAGGAGAUUGCAAAAAAAGCAACAGACUCUGAGAACAAAGCAACGACUGGAGUCAGAGAUGGCGGAAUCCAAUGCAUAUAAGGAGACAAAACUGAAAGCAUCCCCAAUUAAAAACAUGUCUUCGAAUCCGCCUGUAAAGUCCAUAAUAACGACAAGACAGAGGUCACUUAUUCAGAGUGCCUCAAAUACCAAGUCUUCUGUUGUGGGUCAGAAAUCACCAGAGGGUUCUAAAAAGAAAGAGCCAGCUACCACAGGAAAAAUGGAUGAGACUACUUCGUGUCCUAGAAUUGAUGUAAAGGCCAAAAAAUGUGUAGAUUGCAGCAUAACAUUUGCAAAUGAUUAUAAUCUGUUUCGGCAUGUUCGGAAUAUCCACAAAUUUGAUACAACACAGCUGAAAAAAUCUAAGGAAGGUGUUGUAUCUAGUGUAUCUUCAAGCUCAUCAAGUAGCAAGAAAAGUUCUAAAGGUCCCAAUACACAAGAUGAUACUGCAUCAGUCAAUAGUGCUGGUUCUGAAAAAUCAACAAGAAAGAGAAAGAGAAAUGACAGCGGGACUUCAUCAGAUCACAAGUUGAAAAAGACAGAAGGCAACAUGUCUGCUCCAACUGAAAGGAAAAGAUCUGCCAGUUUAGACGGAUCGUACAAUACAAAUGAUAAUACAAGUGUCAGUGAUGACUUGUAUGACAAUUUGUGCAGUGUAUCUGAUAAUGAAAAUGAUUUCAAUGACAGGAUAGGGUCACCCGCAAGGUCAGAGGAAGGGGGAAUAAUGCGGUUAGAGCCAAGAGUCCAAACUAUGUUUGCAGCUUUGGAGGAAGCUAGAGCCACAGUGCGGCAGAGGGGAAAGAAACUGGGAAUUAGAAGAUUAAGUUCUCCUGUUAAAAAAUUUACACCUUCACCUACUGAUAAAAAGGUAUCGAUGCGUCGAAGUUCAGCAAGACUCAGCCAAGAUCCUAAAACGCCAUCAUCAAAUGAGACUCAGGAGGAAGAAAAUCCUUCUUCAGAAGCUUCAGCAAGACUCAGCCAAGAUCCUAAAACACCAUCAUCAAAUGAGACUCAGGAGGAAGAAAAUCCUUCUUCAGAAGCUUCAGCAAGACUCAGCCAAGAUCCUAAAACACCAUCAUCAAAUGAGACUCAGGAGGAAGAAAAUCCUUCAGAAGCUUCAGCAAGACUCGGCCAAGAUCCUAAAACGCCAUCAUCAACUGAGACUCAGGAGGAAGAAAAUCCUUCUUCAGAAGCUUCACUGAAAAUGGAAGCAGAAUCUGCAGAGGCUGCUGACAGUUCAGAAGACAUCACUGAGCAGAAAGAAAACAAAGUAGGGGAAGAUAUUGAGAGGACAGUACAUGGAGAGAAUUCAGAGGCUACUUUAACUCCAGCAGAGGUGAUAUCAAGUCCAACAGAGGUGAUGUCAAGUUCAACAGAGGUGAUAUCAAGUUCAGCCGAAGUUAUGUCAAGUUCAACAGAAGUUAUGUCAAGUUUAACAAAGGAUCAGAUCUCAUUGCAGAAGAGUAGUUACAAUCAGAUCUCUGUUGGUGAAAGUGAAGACAUUGGUCAAGAGCAAGAUAAAAUAGAUGAAGAAAAUCCUAGAGAAACAGAGAAAUUGGUCAUAGAACAAUCUGUUGACAGUUUAGCAGUAGGUGAAAAAGGAAAGGAAUGUUCCAAAGAUUUCACAGAGGAAUCGUCAGAUAACGUUGUACAGCACUCUGUUCACAGUUUAGCAGUAGCUGAAAAAGAAAAGGAUGAAUUUUCCAAAGAUUCCCGGGCUGAUUCCUCAGAUAACUUUGUAGAAGAAAUGAUGGAUGAUAGUAAUGCUGAAAAUGUGAAAAUCAUGGAGAAAAAUGAUGAAGAUGGUGUUCAACCAUCUGAGUUAGAGGAAAAAGAAACUGUAUCAAGUGAUGUGAAAGAUGAAAUAUUAGAUACAGAAAAGAUGGAAAUAGCAACUGAAACUUUGAUGUGUAAGAGUAGUGAUGUCACAAGUAGUGGUGAAGAAUCUGUAAUGGACCAGACGUCAUAAUUUAUUAUUCUAUAGAGGAUAGAAUUCCAUUACUAGUAAGACGGGUGCUUACAACAAAGGAGAACUGCCCAUGUUAUUGUUAGAAAAUUUCCUGCUGCACAUUCCCUGUAGAUGACAUUUGUUAGGUCACCUACAUAUACGAAGUGACUAAUGCAAUGUGUUUUUAUACAUUUGUUACUGGACAAUUUUCACCAAAUUUUAGCAUAUUUGGGGUAAGGGGAAAAUUGUGAAUGUUGUAUGGUGUUGCCUCCCUGGAGCAUUGGUGUGGAGCCAAGCCUUAAAAAAUGAUGCAGUUUUCGAAAAUCUUCUUGAUGUUAGGUCAUCAAACAAACUGUGUGCAUAGUAAGGGGGGGGGGGGUGUCUAUCAAAAUUGUUAAGUUAAUUGCCCCCAGGGUCAGGAACAGGUUAUAAAUGCCUUUACUCUUGAACAUCUAGCAGACUAUUUAGGCAUAGUUAUAUUGAGUAUAGGAGGCUCCUACUACAGGUAACACUGUGAAAUUCAGGGUCAGGGAUUCAGGCUUGAGGUAGGGCUUUAUGUGAUACUCAGGUGACCAAUAAGGCUCAUCUUGUUAGAGGAGAUGCAAGUAGAUUUUCUUGCUCGAUCAAAACAGACCGAGUCCUCACUGGUUACACAUGUUAUGUCAUAUGGGACUGAUUUGCAUGAAGUUAGGUGAACCCUUUGUACAUACAUGUAGCAGCUUGUGACAUGUUUUCAAUAUUUGUACAUUUUAUUGAGGAGUCAUAGAAAUGUAUGUUGAUGUUGAAUUUAAGAUGUAAUUGAAGAAAUCCUUUAUUUUUGAAAUGCAUAUUUUAAGCUGAUUUUUAAGGUUAAAAAAAGUUUCGUUACAGCAUGUCAUUUUUUAUCAUACAUCUCGAGUUUUCAUGAACAUGUAAUAUUUUGCAAAUGAAAUGUGUAUGAUUUGAAAGUAAUUGGAAGCAAAAAUGUUUUGAAAAGUGGGAUGGAAAGCCAUUAAAAGUUAGUGAUAUUGUUUUAUACUGAGUGUUUUUCCUCACCCAUUGUUCAAUUCCUGGUGUAGAUACAUGUAUAUAUAUAUAAAGGUUUCAUAAAAUACAUACCAUCAAAUCAAGUUCAUUGCUUUGCUUUUAAGUUUUUUCAUUCCUGAAUUGCAUUGCAUAAAUAUACAAAAAUAUUGAUCAUUUGUGUGUUCGUGAAGUGGUAAUUAGAGUUCAGUCAGCUGUACGGAAUGGUCUUGUUUGAGUGGUCUUUGAAAGUGAAUCCAUAAACAUGGUAUUAAACAGGAAUCUUGAAUUUUUACAAAUACAGAAAAACCGUUACUUCUUGUGUUUUAAGUAAUUUUUAUGCCAGAUUAUUUAGUGGGCAACUUUAUGAAUACUUUGCUUCAGUGCAUGAAGUUAUUGUAUCCUGAAAAAUAUGAAUGUGAAUAGUACAAAGAAGUAUUUUGUUACUUCAUGCUUUGUUACAUUUGAUAUGUAUUUUUUCAACAGAAUGUUUAAAAUGUACAUGAAAAAUCAUGUAUUACAUGUAGUGUCAACAUUUUCAAUUUUCUCAUUUUUAACUGGUGUACAUGUAUACAGUUUAAAUGAAUCUGGGGGAGCAUGUGUUAUAUACAGCUUAACAUGAAUCUGGGAGAGUGUGUUUUAACAUGAAUCUGGGAGAGUGUGUGUUAUAUACAGUUUAACCUGAAUCUGAGAGUGUGUGUUAUAUACAGUUUAACAUGAAUCUGGGGAGUGUGUGUUAUAUACAGUUUAACAUGAAUCUGGGAGAGUGUGUGUUAUAUACAGUUUAACAUGAAUCUGGGAGAGUGUGUGUUAUAUACAGUUUAACAUGAAUCUGGGAGAGUAUGUGUUAUAUACAGUUUAACAUGAAUCUGGGAGAGUGUGUUGUAUACAGCUUAACAUGAAUCUGGGAGAGUGUGUUGUAUACAGCUUAACAUGAAUCUGGGGAGUGUGUUGUAUACAGCUUAACAUGAAUCUGGGGAGUGUGUGUUAUAUACAGUUUUACAUGAAUCUGGGAGAGUGUGUGUUAUAUACAGCUUAACAUGAAUCUGGGAGAGUGUGUGUUAUAUACAGUUUAACAUGAAUCUGGGAGAGUGGAAUAGCCUACAUUGAUGACGUGACAAAAUAUUCUUGGUAUAGACCCCGGGAAACAAUGUAUCUAAGGCUGAAUGAGGGAGUUUUUCCUGUUACAUCUAUAAAGCUGUGGCUAGGAUAUGAAAUUUUACAUCUAGAUGACAUUGAUGAAUUGUACUUGUGUAACUAAUUAAAGAUUAUUCCUGGUUGAUUAUGUUUAUGAAAUAUUAUUUUUCUAGUCAGCUGUUUAAUGCAAGCAUAGGAUGUCCAUAUGUAUGUUUUUCAACAAAACAUGUACAUGUACUUUCUCACGAUAAUUUAGUAGAAUAAAUUUGUAACAUUAUUGAAAA